GUCGACAUGGGGAUAUGUAAACGACAAGGCUAAACUGUAAUUUAAAAGAAAAAAAACCUUGCAAUUAUAUGUUGGCGGCAACAAUAACGAAUUGAUUAGCAAAACGCCCGUCCGGCAUUUGUCGUUGUCUUCCUCUUCUUCUCCAGCAACUGUUUGUCGUUUCCCGAGAUUUCUUCGUUGGAUACAAAGGCUUUUCUUUACCGCUCGAUUCCCGACCAUCCCAACGGACAACAACGAAAAUUCAGAGAAUCAGUUCAACUAUCUUUUCAUUUUCACUACAUUUUCUCAGCAACCAAACAGUGCUCAGAGUUUAUGAACUCAAAAUUUAACCCAAAUCGAAAGUCAAUCUCUUUCUUUGUCAACUAGCUCUCGAUUUUCUUCGCCGGCAGUGACCUCUUCUCUUGGCCUCACUCGAUUGGAAUUUGGACUCUCUCGCACAUGUUUAGGGUUUUAUAGCGAUUCUGUGAUAAACUGUAUUGAGAACUCAAAGCUAUGGAGUCUGCGGAUUUUCGUGGUGAAGAGACGCCACUCGUCGUCGAAAAUUCGCCAAUCCAAAGCCGGAGGAAGCAUACAAGAGAUGUUCAUAUUCUCAGCUCUGCCUUCUUGUUGAUUUUUCUCGCUUAUGGUGCCGCUCAGAACCUGGAGACCAGUCUCAACACUGAGGAUGAUUUGGGUACCAUUUCACUUGGGAUUUUGUAUUUGUCUUUCACAUUUUUCUCUUUGGUGGCGUCUCCGGUGGUUCAAGCAAUGGGAUCAAAGAAUGCUUUGCUUCUUGGGACUACUGGCUACUGGUUGUUCAUAGCUGCAAAUUUGAAACCAACUUGGUAUACUAUGGUUCCAGCUUCUUUGUACAUGGGAUUUGCUGCUUCAAUUAUAUGGGUUGGGCAGGGGACAUAUUUAACUUCUACUGCGCGUAGUCAUGCCAGAGAUAAUAACUUACACGAAGGAACAGUUAUCGGUCAUUUCAAUGGAGAAUUUUGGGGAAUGUUUGCCUGUCACCAGUUGAUUGGAAAUCUUGUGUCACUCGCCAUGCUAAGAGAUGGAACAGGGGGAAGUACUAGCGGCACAACCUAUUUGUUCAGUGUGUUUCUCAUCAGUAUGACUUUAGGUACCACACUGAUGUGCUUCUUACAUAAACGGGAUGGUAAAGGAGAGGAGGACCCCCAGGGCUCUUCUCUCAGCUUUUAUGCUUCUCUAUUAUCUUUGUCAAAGUCAAUCAUCACUCCUUUGUUUGAUGUACGGAUGCUAUUGAUCAUCCCCCUUAUGGCGUAUUCAGGAUUACAACAAGCAUUUGUGUGGGCUGUAUACACCAAGUAUAUUGUUACUCCAACGCUCGGUGUGUCUGGUGUUGGUGGUGCAAUGGCAGUUUAUGGGGCUUUUGAUGCAAUAUGUUCUUUGACUGCUGGUCGACUCACCUCUGGUGUGAAGUCCAUCACUAUUAUAGUUUCUGGUGGAGUCCUCCUUCAGGCUAUUAUAUUCCUGUGGAUUCUUUUAUUAUACAGCCCAGUGAGUGGUGCACUUGGUAUUAUCUACCCUCUUAUAAUGGCAGCUCUCUUGGGCAUUGGUGAUGGAGUCUUAAAUACACAGCUGAGUGCUUUGCUUGGGAUAUUCUUCAAGAACGACACUGAAGGAGCAUUUGCACAGCUGAAGGUCUGGCAGAGCGCUUCAAUUGCAGUCGUCUUCUUUAUCAAUUCAUACAUCUCAUUGCAGGCAAUGCUGAUAAUUAUGCUUGCCGCAAUCGUCCUCUCAUACGGUGCCUUCGUUUUUCUGUCGCUUCGAGAGAAAGCGUUCCCAUCUUCGAGUUCAUAAUGUGUAAACAUGAAAUCAUCUUCCAAAAAAACCUUUGUGUAUACAAGCAGGUAUAUGUUAGGUUUGCUACUGUCUACAAAUCCUUUCCACUUUACAUAUUUGUUGUUUGUAACAUGUUCAUCUACUUCAAUAGAAAUAAAAGUAUAGUGUGAAGAGUGCAAAUAUUCAGAA